GCAAAUUAAAAAAAAAAGCAAAUCUUAUACAAACUCAUAAAAAAAGACAUGAAAUAUUGGAAGACAUGUAUCUCAUAGUUUAGUGUCAUCGUCCUAAACAAAGUAAUAGAUCUUUUGGGUCCUCCUCUUUUUUUUUUCUUUUUCUCUCCCUUCUAUCUGAAAUCCGACAAAUCCUCAAUCUCUGUCUCAAAUCCGCCAUAGCUUUCAUCUUCUUCUUCUUCUUUGGUCAAACAAACCCUAGUUUCUCUUUUGACAUGAUAACCUAACUCUCUCUCUCUUUCUACAUCAUAUCAUCUUUCUUUCGCAUGUGCAGAGCUAUCAAAAGCAUCUCUGUUUUGAUUGAAAGCUAAGUUUCCAAUUCCAAAACAGAAGAAAUUGAAAGUGUGUAUGUCAAGACAAACCACCAAACUACAAAGAAAAAACACAACACAAAACCCACACCGCAUUGUUCCUUAAAGACCCAGCAAUGAGAUUAUCUCACGCUUCCUUCUUUUCUUCCUGACAUUUUCCUCGUUUUUUGUUUUCUGGUCAUUUGGGUUUAUUGUUUUUUCAACCUUUUCUCUCCAUAAUCCUGCAAAUGUGUGGGUCGCAUUUGGUUUGGUAGUGUGGUGAUUAAUUAUUUCUAGGGAUUUUUUGUGGUCUCUGAAAGCAUUUAAAGAAAGAGACCUCAAUGGCGUUGUUUAGAAAGUUCUUUCAUAGAAAGCCUCCUGAAGGUUUGGUUGAGAUCUCUGAGAGGGUUUACGUUUUUGAUUGCUGCUUAAACACGGAUAUGUUGGAAAAUGAAGAUUAUAGAGUCUAUGUGGGCCGCAUAAUGAGUCAGCUACGAGAACAGUUUCCCGGUGCAUCAUUCAUUAUGUUUAAUUUCCGGGAUGGAGAUAGCAGAAGCCGGAUGGAGAGUGUACUUACUGAGUAUGACAUGACCAUCAUGGACUAUCCUCGCUAUUAUGAAGGUUGCCCUUUGCUUACAAUGGAAACGGUCCAUCACUUUCUUAAAUCAGCUGAAAGUUGGUUGUUGUUAAGUCAACAGAAUAUCUUAUUGUCGCACUGUGAGCUUGGUGGCUGGCCGACUUUAGCUUUUAUGCUAGCUUCACUCUUGUUAUAUCGCAAACAGUUUAGUGGAGAACAGAGAACACUAGAGAUGAUAUAUAAGCACGCUCCUCGUGAGUUAUUACAGCUAAUGUCUCCACUUAAUCCGCUGCCUUCACAAUUGAGGUUUCUUCAGUAUAUUUCGAGUAGGGAUGUUGGGUCACAGUGGCCACCGCUAGAUCGGGCACUUACAUUAGACUGUGUCAAUCUUAGAUUGAUUCCUGAUUUUGAUGGUGAAGGUGGUUGCCGACCCAUAUUCAGAAUAUAUGGUCAAGAUCCUUUUUUGGCAUCUGAUCGGAGUUCAAAAGUUCUGUUUUCAAUGCCCAAGAGAAGCAAAGCUGUUCGGCAAUAUAAGCAGGCAGAUUGUGAGCUGGUAAAGAUUGACAUCCAUUGCCAUAUUCUUGGUGAUGUCGUGCUUGAGUGCAUUACUCUAGAUAGUGAUCAUGAGAGGGAAGAGAUGAUGUUUCGCGUUGUGUUCAAUACAUCAUUUCUUAGAUCAAACAUUCUUAUACUUAACCGUGAUGAUAUUGAUGUACUGUGGAACACAACGGAUCGGUUUCCCAAGGAUUUCAGAGCUGAGGUUAUAUUUUCAGAGAUGGAUGCUGGUAAUAAUCUUGUCUCUGUUGAUAUGCCGCAUAUGGAUGAAAAAGAUGUUCUACCUAUGGAAGCAUUUGCUAAGGUUCAAGAGAUUUUUAGUGAAGCUGAAUGGUUGGAUCCAAAUUCUGAUGUUGCUGUGACAGUUUUCAACCAAAUAACAGCAGCAAAUAUCCUUCAAGAAAGCUUGGAUUCAGGUUCUCCUCGAAGUCCUGAUUCACGUAGCCUAUUGGAAUCGGCACUUGAGAAAGUUAAGGAGAAAACCAAGUUGAUGAUUACAGAAAAUAUUGCUGUAAGUCCUGAUGCAUUCUCUCCUGAAUGGAAAGAGAAAGAUACAGUGUCCGGUCAUAAAUCAUAUGCAGAUCCGAAUUCUAUCCUUAAGAAGGUUGAUGAAUCGCAUGGACUUCGUGUUUCAGUCCAAAGAAAUGUUCACUCGAAGAUAAUUUCACCUCGACUGGUCCAAAGUCCAGUAUCACCACUUCCAAACCAUAGUCCUACACAAGGAUCACCCGCUUCAGUAUCCAGAUUCCACAGCUCCCCUUCUUCGCUUGGGAUCACUUCAAUACUACACGAUCAUGGUACUUGUAAAGGUGAAAAGACUACUUCAUCAUCACCAGCCUCACCUUCAAUUUCGUUUCGACCAUCAUUGCAUCAGCAGACACCAUCACUAACCAAAGAAGAAGCUUCUCCAAAAGUUUCAGAGUCGCCCACACCUGUUCGUUCAAAUGGCCCUCCUUCAGCAGAAGCAGCAGUGAUGUCACCAUCAUUGCCAUUGCUGAAGCCACUUGGUAUUUUGUCUCGUCCGCCUCCACCCCCACCACCACCUCCCAUAUCCUCUAGCUCCAUUCCUUCACCAAGUUCCAUCAGCAGUUCCAUAGCAAAUCAAGGGCCUCCUCCACCUCCACCUCCGCCUCCACCUCAACCACAAGCUCAGCGUUCUGCACGUUCAUCUUUUCCUUUACCACCACCUUUACCUCCAAAGAAAGUGUUAGCUACAACUAAUCCUCCACCACCACCGCCGCCACCUUUGCAUUCUAAUUCUCGACCAGGAGUCCCAACAAAUUCUUUGGUGGUGAAAUCUCCUCCUGUUCCUCCUCCACCAGCCCCUGCACCUUUGUCUCGUUCUCAUAAUGGGGGUUGUAAUGGAAACAUUCCUCCUGUCCCUGGACCACCAUUGGGUUUAAAGGGGCGUGGGAUUUUACAGAAUCUUAGAGGUCAGGGUCAAACGAGGAAGGCCAACUUGAAACCAUAUCAUUGGUUAAAGCUUACUAGAGCAGUACAGGGAAGUUUAUGGGCUGACGCGCAGAAACCUGAUGAAGCUGCAACUGCUCCAGAGUUUGAUAUCUCUGAGCUUGAGAAACUCUUCUCAGCAGUGAAUCUUAGCUCUGACAAUGAAGGUACAGGUGGGAAAUCAGGUCGACGUGCCCGACCUAAAGUUGAGAAAGUGCAGCUGAUUGAGCUCAGACGAGCAUACAACUGUGAGAUUAUGCUUUCCAAAGUUAAAAUACCUUUGCCUGAUUUGAUGAGUUCUGUUCUUGCAUUGGAUGAGUCAGUGAUAGAUGUUGAUCAAGUUGACAAUCUAAUUAAGUUUUGCCCAUCAAAAGAAGAAGCAGAAUUGCUUAAGGGCUACACUGGAAAUAGGGAAACUUUGGGACGGUGUGAGCAGUUCUUUUUAGAACUGCUGAAAGUUCCUCGAGUGGAGACUAAGCUAAGGGUUUUCUCAUUCAAGAUUCAGUUCCAAUCCCAGGUUACUGAUCUUAGAAGAGGUUUGAAUACCAUACAUAGUGCAGCCAACGAGGUUAGAGGGUCGGCUAAACUAAAAAGAAUUAUGCAAACUAUACUUUCCUUGGGCAAUGCAUUGAACCACGGGACUGCAAGGGGUGAGCAUAUCUUGCCGUUAGACUACCAAAUAGUGUUUAUUUUAGAGAGAGGCAUUGGUUCUAUAUUAGAGUUAAAUUCACCCUCCACAAUGUCAGAUUUAUGUGUUUCUUCUCUUUUGACAGGCUCAGCUAUCGGAUUUCGCCUGGAUAGUCUUCUAAAACUCACUGACACUAGAUCCCGCAACAGUAAGAUGACUCUGAUGCACUAUCUCUGUAAGGUACUAACCGAGAAACUUCCAGAGCUACUUGAUUUUCCCAAAGACCUGGUCAGCUUGGAGGCUGCAACAAAGAUUCAACUAAAAUACCUGGCAGAGGAGAUGCAAGCAAUUAGCAAAGGCUUGGAGAAAGUUGCACAAGAGUUUACUACAUCUGAAACUGAUGGUCAAAUAUCAAAACACUUUCGUAUGAACUUGAAAGAGUUUCUUAGCUUUGCUGAAGGAGAAGUAAAGUCCUUGGCUUCCCUCUAUUCAACUGUUGGUGGAAGCGCCGAUGCUUUGGCAUUAUACUUUGGAGAAGAUCCAGCUCGUGUCCCAUUUGAGCAAGUUGUAUCCACUCUACAAAACUUUGUUAGAAUAUUUGUGCGGUCACACGAGGAAAACUGCAAGCAAGUCGAGUUUGAGAAGAAGAGAGCACAGAAGGAAGCAGAGAACGAAAAACUUAAGAAAUGUGUGUACAAUGAGAACUGAAACACAAAAGGAUGUUGUUGUCUACUCUCGUUCGACCUCCUUGAGUUGCAUUUCGCAGUCCUGGGAACCGGAAACUACAUGUUGCGGCUCCUAGUUCGGGGAUUUUACCCAACUUUAGAGAAUCACCCCUAACUUUGGAUUUAGUCUUUUAGAUUAGAAGAGAGAAGAGGAAACUUUGUUCCUCUGCUAGGUAACAAGAAAAAAGCUGGAAUCAGGCAAUUAGGUAGUGAAGGAGAUUUAGGUUUGUAUUUUGAUGGAAAUAGUAUUAGGUUGACAACUUAUGCAGGAGUUUGAGUCCCUUCCUGGUUUUAAUACAGAAACAGACAUGUAACUUCUUGUGUAUAAAUUUGGGGAGGGAUAAAGAGAUGUGUAAAUAUUGAGUGAGUGUGUGUGUGUGUGUGUGUUCAACAUUUAUGAUUUUACAUCUAAUGAUAUAUUUAGGUUUUCUUAUUCAUCA